UUCAUCUUUCUGCUGAGCGAUCAACAACGACCAGAAAUAAUACGUACUUAGCCAGAUUGUCCGUGUUGGUUGCAAGGGUUGCCCGAUCAUGUGUACAGCUAUCUCACCUUCCGAGAGUUUCUGAGUUGAUUUCAAGUGUUAUUCGUGUCCUUUCUCUACCUGACAUGAUUGCCAUUCGGAACCAGUUACAGAAGGAUUUUUUCACACCACAGGAAGAAAGGCUUCUGGGCUUGGUGUAUGCCUGGAAAGCUGGAAAGAAACGGAAAACCUGCAUAUUAUGUGCCGCAGUAUCAACUGAUCAUCCAUUUCAAGCUUCCCUUGUGAAAUUUAAAAAAGCUGAUAAAGGUGAUGCAUACAAGCAGGUGGCAUGGUGGUCAUUUGAAGAUUUGCUUGAAGUUGACGGGAAAGAUGCAGAUAAGGAUAACCCUGAAUUCAAUUUGCAUUUUGAUAAAGUAUACAAGUGGAUUGCCAGCAAUUCUGGAGAAAAAAAUAAUUUCAUGUCCUGUCUCUUCAAGCUCAAUCGACACUAUAUGCACAGUAGAAUUAAAUUUAGAAACAUCAGUCCUCAGAUUCUAGAAGAGGGUGUGCGACCUCCAGUUGAAGAGCGAACAAGUGAAGCUGUUGAAGUUGAUCAUGAAGAAGAAACUGGUGUUUAUCAAGAACUCACAUCAAAAGAGGCACUUGAUGUAGAAAAAAUAAUGGAACAGUUUGAUCAAUCUAUAUCUAAUUCUGAAGCUUUUGCAGAGAAGAUGAGUAGAGAUCUCCAUGUAUUAGAUGAGGAAAACAUACAAUCGAUUAUUGUGUCAGAGAAGCAAGUAACUGAACUAAUGGAGUUGAUCGAUGUGAGUCUUGUUGAAGUGAGAAACAUUGAACAAACUCUUCAGACCUAUGAAGAACUGUUGCAGAGUGUUAAAGAACAGAUGGACCAUAUUCACCAGAGUAAUAAUCAGUUACAAGUCAUUGAUUCUAACCAACAAAAACUUUUAGAAGAAGUACUUUUUCUUGUGGACAAGUUUGACCUUGCUGAAGAACAUCAAGAGGCUUUAAGGACUGGUGAUCUGUCCAUACCUGACAAUUUAAAGGCUUGCAUUGCUGCCGUUGAAGCUUUGAAUAAUUGCAUGAAUGUUAGGUUAUUACCAGGCCAUCGGAAAAUGCAAAGCGUUGUCGAGCAAUUAAUAACAUUUGAAAAUUUGAGACAGCUAUUUGAAAGAAGAUUCAUACUGCAUAUUAACAAUAUAUUUGUGCAACAGGGAAGUGACCAAAGUGUUAGUUUGAUGCAGCAGACUGGAGAACUGAUCUUCCCCAAGCAUAAAUUUUAUCAUGAUGAACUGUUACCAUACAGCCCUUUAAUGGCCUGGCUAAAAAGCAGCAAACCUGCUAUAUUUAAUGACUUGUCUAAGGUAUAUGCUGAAAGCAUUAGAAAACUUUAUGACAAGCAAGUCAAAGAAUUCUUUGAUUUAGUAAAGUUUAAACUGGCUGGGAUAAAGAAUGGUGUGAAAUUCAAGAUUCAGGAAAGUUUUGAAAAGCUGACUGCUUCCACAUCCAAUCUUCAGAAAACAUUUUUCAGAAAUUCUUUGUAUGAGCAUUUAGAAUCAGAAACUGACUUAACAGAUCGUGGAAUCCUCGACAAGGCAAAAGAUGACCAGGACAAGGAAUGGAGCACUUCCUCAUUUUGUACAGAGAUCAUAGAUCAUGUAGUCACAGAACUGGAGCCUGUGUGCAUUGCAGAGGAAGAGUUUAUCACCAAAUUUUUUAUGUUAACGGAAGACACAUAUAGUGAACCACCACAGUUGCUGGGAAGUAAAAGUGAUCUUGCGGCUACAAUUAUCCAAGACUCUACAGAGAAAGAACAGAUGCAUUGGAGUACUGCAGAGCAGGAAGAUGCCGGAAUAAGUAUUAAGCGAAAAAUGAUGAAUGAAAUCUUCAGUACUCUUGAACUAGAUCUGAGAAGUUUUGUAAACCUUUGUGAUAAGAUCAACCCAUCAAACACCUUGCAUUUACUGGUAAUAGUGAGCCAGCGUGCACUAGCAGCUCAAGAUUCUGACACUCCUUACUUUAUCAAAUCUACAUUUGGAAAUAGUCUGGUGCAUGUGAAGCGCAACUUUGACAAAUGCAUUUCUGGUUUGUGCAAGCAAAUAGAAGAAGCUAAGGUUCCAAAGAAGACCAAGAUUGGUAUUCUGCCAUUUGUUACUGGAUUUGAGGAAUUCUUAACUGUUGCUGAAACCAUCUUUAAGAAUGCUGAGCGAAGAGGCGAUUUGGACAAAGCUUACCAUAAGUUAAUUGCAGCAGUCUUCACCAGCAUUAAAAACAUUGCCUUAAUGAAUUUGAAGAUUCCUCCAGAUGUUGUUAUAAUGGAGAACUUUCACCAAAUCUACUGCUUCCUCUCCGAAAUGAAAAUCAGCAGUCUUGAAGAUAGGAAAAAGGAAGCCUACCAACAAUACUCGGAACAUCUUAACCUCUAUGUUACUAAAUAUCUGGGACAGCCAUUGGAGAAACUAAAUAUCUUCUUUGAUGGGGUCAAGACUCGUAUUGCACAGGGAGUCAAAGAGGAUGAAAUAAGCUAUCAAUUAUUAUAUAGCAAACAAGAAUUAAGAAAGGUAAUAGAAAAAUAUCCAGGAAAAGAGGUGAAGAAGGCUCUGGAAAUACUCUACAAAAAAGUUCUAAAGCAUCUGAGUGAAGAAGGAAACCUGUUACAGGUGGUGUGGGGCACAAUGCAAGGAGAAUUCGUUCAUCAGUACAAGCAGUUUGAAGAAAUGAUUGUUCAAUGCUACCCUGGCUCUGGCAUUACUAUGAACUUUAGUAUUGAGGACAUACUGCAGUAUUUUUUAGAUAUAACAAAAUCAAACUGACUGCAAGCUGAUUAAUAUUUAAAUGUCUGCUCAACUGUUUAUUUCUUCAAUUCUCAGAGUUGUUAUCUUUCCUCUUACAUGUCCAGUUAUUCAACAGUUUAAAAUUAAGCCUAUACUUGAUGUUAAAGUUUUACAUCUCUAAAGCAGAAUAACAUGCUAUUUUGAUUAUUUUAACAAUUUUAUAUUAUAUUUUUUGUUAUGACCUUAUAUUCAACCUUUGCAAACCUGGAUAGUUUUGUAAUAAGUUUUGUAAUAACGUAACUCUGAAUUUACUGAUGUGUGCCCAAAAUUGCUCUUUAAGUAUUUUACUUGAGACAA